CCCAAAUGACAUGGCCAAUCAGCUGAUGGAGAUGAUGCACCUAAAGUAUGAAAGAGCAAACCUGGCCUACCUGCUAAGUGUGCAGAACAUCAAGGAUGCUGAGGCAGGGUUGUAUGGUCAGAGCACCAUCAGCAAAUACCUGAGGAGGGACAGUACACCUGCUGCAUUUGGGGGGUAUGAAGACACAGACGGCUGGUGUGGAAUGUCUGUGUCGUCAUAUUACCUUACAGACUGUCUUCUGCAGGAGUUUCAGAGGCAGGAGCCAUCAAUCACGCAGCUCUUACAGGGCACAUUUGGACAGGUGUUGAGAUCCGACCACACCCGGAAGAUUGCCAGGAAAGUCACUCUUACAUCAGGCACAAUGUCAUCUUAUGCUGUGAUGAACGAGAACUGGAUGAUCAUCUCUUGGGUGAUGGUGCAGUCCGAGAGUGAAAGGUCUUUGGAGCCCAUGUAUGAAGGUCUGGCCACACGCUACACUGCUGCUGGAAUUGAAAAGGCCAAUUACCAUUGGGUGGACAGGGACUGCUGUGCAGCCUUCAGGGUCCAGAAUUCUCAUCCAGCUGAGCACCUUUUGAGGGAAGCCUGGAGGACUACAGAGGCUACUGUUGCAGAGGUGACAUCCGGGGACUUGACCAACAUCUGUGCUUCGAGGUCAAAGUUUAAUGAGUUCAUCUCUGUAAAGCUGGACUUGUUCCACUGUAUGAGACGAUUCUGCCGGGAGUGUGUCUCAGAGCAUCAUUCCUUAUACAGCUCUUUCUGUCAGUUCCUCUCGGCUGCCUUCACAAUUGUGGAUCAGCAGGAUCUGAAGAGACUGAAGGAGGCCUAUGUCUUCUGUGGGAUCGUGCCAGCAAAUCCAACAAAGCAGCAUAUCCGGGAGCACUGCAGGACAAAGAUCCCUCAGCCACGAGAGCUUGUGAAGAGAGUGGAAGAAGUUCUCCUUCACUUCCACCUGUUAAAAGAUGUAAAUGACAUCCCUCUCUUCAAACCGUCCAUGCUGAAAGCCUGGAGGAUCCAGCGAGUCCACAUGCUGAGGGGCUGUCUCAGUGACCCAGAACGGGAGGAUGGGAUUCUGUACAGAUACGGUGGCACGCUGCAACUCAACCAUGUCCAGGGUGAAGGGGCAUCUGUGCCCGUGUGGAUUCCAAUCAGAGGCACUUCACAGCAAGAGGGCUACCACUUCCACCAGGCUCAGUGGGUGACUGGGAACAAAGUCUCCCCAGAGUUAUUUCAGGCCCAGGGUAUGACUGGUGUGGCACGCUGGAAUUUCCAGAGAUUGGUGGAUCUCAAACAGCCGGGUGUGGUUUUGCCUGCAGUGUUUGACCCACUACUGAUCACAGACUUGAACAUGGCCUCUGUGAAUGUGACGGGGAGCGCCAAAUAUCCAGCACUACAAGUCUCCAACAGGGACACGGGAGAGAGGUUUGGACUCGAGUACGUUGAGCAAGGGUGCCGUGCUGUUCCUCUCGACUGGGAAAAGCACAGAUCUCAGAAGAGGACAGACAUGUCCGUAUUCCUGACCCCUCUCCCUGUUGAGAAAUGUCAACCCUCAGCAACACAGCUGCCGCCGACUGUCAGAUUUCCUGAUUCUGCAGCUCCUGCUACUGAGGCUUUAAAGAGAGAAAGCACUGAGGAGCCCCAGAUGGACAUAGAUCUGCCCUGCACACCUCCACUGCCUAUGACCGCCUCACCAAGAAGUGCACGCACGGGGCCUAUCAAGACUGGUGGCCGGGUCUUUGUGUUGGACCACAAUCGGUGGCCUGGCCCAAUGAGGGUGGCUAUUGAUGGUCUGCUUGCCAGGCAUCAUGGACAGAAGGACAUGCUGAAACUGGUGGACUUUGUCUAUGCUUCCAUGGUGCAAAGUUCAUGUGCAGACCCCAACAGCCUGCUUCACCCAACCACCAAACACCACAUUGGAAGGUAUAUUAAACACCUGGCCAAAUUAAAAAACACCAGUUCCUCCCUUUAA